CACACGUCGGCCACAUCAACGAAAAAAGUAUGCCGAAUAUUGCAUUGGGACUAGAUGGAAUUUGCCUAUAGCCUUAACCAAAGCAUCAGUUGUUGGCAAAUUUGUAACAGAUGUUACACUUGGUCCAAACAGCAAAUGUGCUGUUUAUGAUCUUUUGAAGAACAGAAGUGAAGAAAUAUGUGAGCUGAGUGAAAAUUUUCCCUCCCUUUCUACAAACAAUUUGUAUGCUUCAGAUGUUGCAAUAAAUUGUAAUAUGAAUUCAUGUAUUGACAAUGUGGAAUGUGCUGGAGGAGCGGAUUAUUCAUCACUGUCAACUAUGAAGCAGUUAUAUGAUCUGGACCAGCAGCGGCGAAGGAGAGUGAAAGAUUCCAUAAAUGAGCAUUUUUGGAACAUGGUGAAGGAUUCUCAAAUUCGCCUAAUGGAGUUGCACAGUAAACAUCAGUACCUCCAGCAUGAGAUCCAGGCAAAGGUGCUUCGAGAUGAGCAGCUGAUUUUAUGCCAACUGCAGGAAGAUAAGAUUCUUGCAAAUGAGAGGCAACAGCAGUUGGCACAACAACACAAAAAGCAUACUCAACGUAUAAAUGAAUUGAAUGAAAAGAUUAAGGAGGCAGAAAGACAGAAAGAAGCAGAGGAGGAAGAAAGAAAAAUAAUAAAGGAAAGAAAGAUCCAAAUUGACAAAGUGCAUCACUAUUAUAUCGAGUAUCGGACAAAAUGCGAACAGAUUGUUGAAGCAUCAAGGUAUGUUGUUAGUGGUCAGGUAUAAUAAGUUCUUUUAUCUGUUGUAAAUUAGUGUUAUUCAUGUUCUCCCUA